AUGGCCGAAAAGGCAUCCGAGAACGCUGACAUCACGGCGCCAGUUGCUGAUACUGGUGUUGGUGCUGGCGCUGGCGCUGGUGAUGGUGCUGGUGCUGGUGCGGACGCUGAUGCCGAUGCUCCUCCUCCUCCUCCUCCCGCUGCUGCUGCUGCUGCUGCUGUUCCCGAGACUAAGGCUGAUGAGGCCAAGCCAGAGGGCGGAGCUGUCGAGGAUGGCGCCGAGGGCUCAGACGAGCCCAAGCCUGCCGAAGCUACUGACAAGACGACCGAGAAGGCCGAACCCGACAAGGACACCACCGCCGGCGAUGCCCACGUCGAAACGGAGGACGCGCCGGACACCACAGCGGUCGAGGGAGACACUACCAUAGUUUCCAUCGCAGAGACCCCGACAGCGAAAGCCAAGGGGGGCCGCCGCAAGUCUACUGGAGGCGGUCUAAGUAGAAAGGGAUCAAAGGCCCGCCUGACUCACACUGAUGCCAAACCUGGUGAUCAUUUCUUGGUGAAACUCAAGGGUUUCCCCGCAUGGCCCGCCAUUAUUUGCGACGAGGACAUGCUGCCUCACGCCCUCGUCACUAGCCGGCCCGUCUCUGCGGCCAGACCAGAUGGUACAUAUGCUGAAGCUUUUGCCGAUGGCGGCAAGCGUAUCAAGGACCGAACCUUUCCCGUCAUGUAUCUGCACACUAACGAGUUUGGAUGGGAGAAGAACACCAACCUUUCGGAGCUUAGUGCCGACAAGGCCAAGGAGACCAUCAACGAUAAAAUGCGCAAAGACUUGAAGGCCGCGUUUGAACUGGCCAUCGAGCACCACCCCGUCGAGUACUACAAGGACAUCCUCAAGAGCUUCCAGGAAGAACUGAUUGCUCAGGAAGAGGCGCGGAAAGAAGCCGCUGCCACCCCCAAGAAAGGAAAGAAGGGAAAAAGCAAGGCUACUGAUGAAGAAGAAGACGCCGAGAUGGCUGAGCCGGAUGCUUCUGCCAAAAAGUCCAGGAAGAGAAAGGCAGAGGACGAGGCUGCUACCCCCCAACGCGCCGACUCUGUCAAGAAACCCAAGAUUAAACUAAACACGUCAUCUACGCCAAAGACAGCAAACGGAGCCGGUACGCCAAAGUCUACUGCUGGGUCCGCUGCCAAAAUUACCAAGGUCAAGGCCAAGAAACCAAAGGAGGCCAAGGAGGCGGGCGAGAAGAAGGCUGAGAGCUCCAAGGAGAGCAAGAUUGACCCUGAGGAGCGCCACAAGCGCAAGGUGAAGGAAGUGUUGUUCCUCCGUCACAAGCUUCAAAAGGGUCUCUUGACAAGAGAGCAGCAACCCAAGGAGGAGGAGAUGCAGGGCAUGUCAGACUUCAUCACUCUGCUCGAGAAGUUUGGAGACCUCGAAGUAUCCAUCAUCCGGGCUACCAAGAUCAACAAGGUGCUGAAGGCCAUCCUCAAGCUUGAUGCCAUCCCUCGCGAAGAGGAAUUCCAGUUCAAGAAGCGAUCACAGUCUCUUCUUGAUAAGUGGAACAAGUUGCUGGCCAGUGACACUUCGGCAAACGGAGUGAAUGGCGCGCAAGAGUCACAUGUUGAAGCCAAAAAAUCCGACGCCAACGGCGUCAAAGUAGACGGCGAGCCCAAAUCUGAGGCUGCUGCGGAGCCAAAAGCCGACAAGGCUGAUGCUGGCGAGCCAACCAGUGUCAAGGCCGCUGAUGAGGUUAGUUGA